AUGACCAUCCAGAUUGUGCCACUCGGGGCCGGACAGGAUGUUGGCAGAAGCUGUAUCCUGGUCACGAUCGGGGGAAAGAAUAUUAUGCUCGACUGUGGAAUGCACAUGGGGUUUAACGGUAAGGUCCUGCAGCGUGUCCAGGCCAUCUGCCCUAUCCUUUUGGAGGACUACCGCAAGAUCACUGUUGAGAAAAAGGGGGAGCGCAACUUCUUCACCAGUCAGAACAUUAAGGAUUGUAUGAAGAAAGUCAUCGCUGUCAAUUUGCACCAAACCAUCAUGGUCGACGACGAUCUCGAGAUCUGUGCAUACUACGCUGGGCACGUCCUUGGAGCAGCCAUGUUUUAUAUUCGAGUGGGGGAGGAAUCCCUGGUCUACACGGGCGACUACAACAUGACGCCAGAUCGACACUUGGGCAGUGCAUGGAUCGACAAGGUUCGGCCAGAUGUCCUGAUCACGGAAUCAACCUACGCCACGACCAUUCGCGACUCAAAGCGAUCAAGAGAGCGAGAUUUUUUGAAAAAGGUCCAUGACUGCGUUGCAGAGGGAGGCAAUGUUAUCAUCCCGGUCUUUGCGUUGGGCCGAGCACAGGAGCUUUGUAUUCUUAUCGAGACCUAUUGGGAGCGCAUGGACCUAAAGGUGCCAAUCUACUUUUCUGCAGGACUGACGGAAAAGGCGAACCAUUUCUAUCGACUCUUUAUCAACUGGACGAACGAAAAGAUUAAGAGCACCUUUGUACAGCGCAACAUGUUCGACUUCAAGCAUAUCAAAGCAUGGGACAGAUCGUAUAUGGAGUCUCCAGGACCCAUGGUCGUCUUUGCGACUCCUGGAAUGCUCCACAGCGGUACAUCUCUCGAACUCUUCAAAAAAUGGGCACCAGAUCCCAAGAACAUGGUCAUCAUGCCCGGUUAUUGUGUCGCAGGCACAGUCGGCUCCAAGGUCUUGAACGGCGACAAACAGAUCCAAAUAGACGCCUUCACAACAGUGGAAGUCAACCUUCAGGUCAAGAAUCUAUCUUUCAGUGCACAUGCAGAUGCAAAAGGAAUCAUGCAGCUGAUCCGACAGUGCGAGGCCAAAAACGUUGUUUUGGUCCAUGGCGAGAAGAAUCAGAUGGGGUACCUGAAGUCCAGGAUCAUGACCGAGUUCGGCAUCCCGUGUUUCGAUCCCGCGAAUGGAACGACCAUCAGUAUUGAGACGAGCCAUGUGAUCCCCAUUGAGAUGUCUGCCAGUCUGUUGAAGCGACAUUUGAUUCGUCAAUCUGAGGGCCUCAAGGAUAGCAAUGCCGGGUUGACAUCCUCCAGCAGCCCCGAUGACAGCUCUGACGACAGCGCCGAAUCCCUCAACCGCAAUAUACCUUCGACACUCAAACCAAAUGACAAAGUGCUGAUCCAGGGCAUGCUUGUCAUGAACGAUGGGAAGCCAAUACGUCUGGAAGAUGCAGAGGAGGCCCUGGAGAAGGUCGGAAUGGCCAAGCAUAAAGUGCGCUUCGAGGUUCGAAAGGCGUACAAUGCAAUGACGUUGCGAUUGGCUGUGGAGGAGGCCGAGUACUACAGAAACAUGGACAAAACAGGAGAUAGCAAAGACAUGGAUACGGACAGUGCGAAGAGUCCUGGUUCAGAUCCAUACCAGGACUGGGACAGUGAUGUAUAUGCGCUGGAUCUCGUCUACGUCGCUCUUCAGAGGACAAUCGGAAACCAUAUCAAGCUGAUGCGCGAAGAUAACGCCAUUCUGGUCCGCAGCGUCAAGAUCAGGGUACCGGAAGACGGGGACGAGUUUGAGCGAGGCGGUCUGUUGAUUGGAUGGGAUUAUGAGGAUGAGGACCUCGCCACUAGGAUAUUGUCUGUUGUUACACUCACUCUUAAGGACAAUUGA